AUCCCACAAAACCCUAGAUCACUAACCAAAAGUCUCCAAGAGAAACAAGAGCGGAGGAGGCGCAGCCAGAAAGAGAGAGUAGAGAGCCAUGGCAGAUAACAAGGCUGUGACCGUCCGUACCAGGAAGUUCAUGACAAACCGUCUUCUCUCCAGGAAGCAAUUCGUCAUCGAUGUUUUGCAUCCAGGAAGGCCUAACGUCUCCAAGGCGGAGUUGAAGGAGAAACUAGCAAGGAUGUACGAAGUGAAGGACACAAAUGCCAUCUUUGUUUUCAAGUUCCGUACUCAUUUUGGAGGGGGUAAAUCCACUGGUUUUGGUCUCAUUUAUGAUUCGGUAGAGAAUGCCAAGAAAUUCGAGCCCAAGUACAGGCUGAUCAGGAAUGGAUUGGACACUAAGGUGGCCAAAUCUAGGAAGCAAAUCAAGGAGAGGAAGAACAGAGCUAAGAAGAUCCGUGGAAUAAAGAAGACCAAGGCUGGUGAUGCUGCUAAGAAGAAAUAAGCUUCUACACAUUUUGCAUUUCUCUGCAGCAACUUCCUGUGUUCUCAUUUUCUUUUGUUAGCGAACAUUAUAUAUUCGGAUGUUUUAAUUUACUUUUGAGUUGAGAGACUAAUAGACAAUGAAUUCAUAUCUAAGCUUUGAAUUUAAUUUGACUUCCCUGUUUUGCUACCACAAAUAAUAGUGAAGCUCAUCUACGUAAUAGACAAUGAAUUCAUAUCUAAGCUUUGAAUUUAAUUUGACUUCCCUGUUUUGCUACCACAAAUAAUAGUGAAGCUCAUCUACGUAACUACGUUUGUCAUGGAAAUUAGGCUCGGAAAA